AUGGCGGUUUCGUGGGCUUCCGUCAUCAGGAUCUCGCUCCUGCUACUACUUCUUGCCGCCAUUACCACCGCCUGUAUAACCCUUCCUGUGGAGAAGGUGCCUAGGUUCUUUUUCAGUCAUCGUUGACGCAUCUAAUUGGCUGUUCUUAUGGUCCAUUCCCACUAUUUAUGUCAAAAUUCUCGGGUUAUCUAUUUUACAUUCUUGUGAGGACGCUUUUUCGUUGUCUGACUUUAGUUACUUCCUGCGUAAUUGGAUUUGAAUUCAUUAGCUGUGGAAUGUGCUUGGGGAAAACGUCAACUGAAUCAUUGUCCCCCUGUAUUAUUUGUUCUUUAUCUUGUCCGCGACGGAUGGAUCAUUUCUGAGCCUCUUUUGGUAUGCUAUUUUAAAUGUGAUAGGUGGGGCUUAAUUGAGGUGCUAUUCAUUUCGAUGCUCUUUUUCUUCUCUCAUGAUCUCCGAAUGGAUUUUAAUUCUUUCAACUUGUGUCAUCUCUUUGCACAUAUAUAUUUCAACUUCUCUUUCACUUUCAUUUUUCUUGACUUGGUCAGCUGUUAGAAAACUGCGUGGAUAACUCGGUGAUAUGAUCCAUAAAAAACUGUAGGAAUCUCUAGCUUGAUAUACUAAAAACAGAGCGACUGGUUUUCUAGAGAAACAAUUUAGGUAUUAUCUGAAAUUGUAUUAAUCGUUGAGGAAAUUAGUGUUAAAGAUGUAUGACUGACAUUGUAAAUCCAAAUGUAGAAUCUUCACUUCGAGAAAUUUCUGACUUUGGUAUCUGAAACGCAAUGUAUGGUGGAAAAUUUGAGCUAGCAUGCUAACAUUUUUUCAUUUAAAUGAGAGACAGUCAUCUACUGCUUAAGAACUCUGAGACGGUGCCUUAUCCAUCUCCUUUGCGAUGAUAUUCUUUUCUGAUAAGGGGUUCCGAAAGAAAUAAUGGCCUUCGAGAUCAGGUUGUCUUUCGAACCAGGUUUUUGGGGAGUAUGCUCGUAGCCUUCCCACUAGAAUGAUUGUUUUAUAGUUUUAUGGAAGAAACGUAUGUUCAUCGCAAGUAAAAUGCUCAUUUAAUGAUCUAUUGAGAUGUUGAUUGAUCAAGGUUCCUUCUAGCCACCUCAUAUUAUAUCAAUUAUCUUUAUUUUCUGAAUGUUGAGAAUAUUUAUAGAAGCAUACGUGCAUUUGAGAUAUCUUGAUUGGUGUUGGGUGAUGGAUCUAUCAGCUGAUUGAGGGCAAGGAUCUGGGACAAUCAAGAAAUCAAGCAUCAAGAUUGCCAUUUCAUUCAUUCAUCCAUGAAAAGAAAGGGAGGAUUGAGCUUUUGAGGAAUUGUAGAGAUUUAUGUUUUUAUUAGUUACGUUUUGGUUGCUCUAGUCAUUCGUAGACGAGUCAAAUAAACAUGCAUAUGCUUCAAAAUUUCAGAACCCAAGGUGAGGACGUGUGAGAUAUAUGCCUCAGUUGAAAGCUAAUGUGAUGAAGGAGGCUGUUUAUAUUGUAUGCCUAUUUUUGUGAACUAGCCCUAUUCAGGUCAUUACUUUUUCUUUUGCUUCUAAUCGUGUUAGCGGGUAGCUUAUCUUCAUCCCUGGUUCAUCAUAGAUACUUUGAUAUAUCUUAAAUAAUAUUAAGUAAUUAAUUAAGUAAUUAAUUUAUUAAAUAUCAACGAAUGUUAAUAGUUUUGCCAUAUCAUAAUGGUUUGUCAAAUAUUUGACCGAAAAUUUGUGGCUGGCCUUUAUGAAAUGGUACCAACUUACAGUUUAAAACAAACUUUGAUGGUCUUUCUGCCUAAUUUCUGUGAUGAGUGUCAGAAAACGCUUGUACACAGAUUGUAUGGUUUCAGCUCUCUUAUGGACAACAUUUACAUUUGUGGCAUUUCACAUUGAUGACUUGUUGAAAGUCACCGGUAGAGGAAAGUGCCAUGUGUUAUAUACAAUAGCCACUUCGUUCUUUCUCUCUCACAUUUACAAUUUGUUGAGCUUUUGCAUCCAAGAUUAAUUUUCCCUCUUUGAAAUGAUAAGAACAACUAUAUUUCUAGAACUUCAAAAAUCUCACAUUGGUGUGGGCAUUGGCAAAAACUUAUACCUCUAUAGGAUGAUAACAAUCUAACCUGAUUUUUUUUCCCACUCAAAUGCUCACUCAUGUUUGCUACUCCGGUUAAUAUUUUAAGGUGGCCUGGCCUUGCUCAGACCACUCUGACAGACAAAUGUUGCUUUUCGAGCAUCGUUAUGUUUUUCCUCCCUGAUAUUCGUAGUUCACAGCAAAGUCCUUGUUACUUAUAUGAUGACUUUUAUCGAUUUAUUCUGCGGUAAUGCCAUAUUUUCUGAUUCUCAAUUCGUUGAAAAUAAUCACUGUAUGCAUGGUAGUUUCAAGUUCCUUGAUAUAAUAUGGGUUGGUACCUUUGUUCCAAAAAUUACUAAUCCCUGGGCACUUGUCGACAGAUCUUGAAGGACUUUUUGAUUUGGAUCAACGAGAACCUUGGGCCAUGGGGUCCUCUUGUGUUGUGAGUGAUAUUUUAAUUGUCCCCCAUUUUAAAUUUAAACUGUUUCCUUGUUUAUGUUUUGUUUCUAUGUUCCCUGUUGCAGAUUUUCUCAGUUCAAUCUUUUUCUUUUCCCCGUAGUAUUUAGUUUUUUGCCGCUCUGCAAGCUGUUCUACCACUUGGGCAAGCCGCUAGUGUUCUCUUUGUUAUUUUUUAGCACUAAUGUUGUUGCACUCCAUUUGUUCUGUGGUACCACAUCAUACAGCCUAGCACACCAUUAUUACUUUCUCCACAAAAGUUAUUUUAGCGCUGGAACUUGGGAUGCUUUUCUGGGCAGGUAGCUAAAACAUCAUUUUGGCUAAAGAACAUUGUGGAGUGAACUAAAUCAACCGAGAUUCUAUCAAUUGAUGGAGAAUCUGGAAAUUUAAUUUUUGAGUUACUCACAGAUGCGAAGUUUCCCACUGCUUAUAGAAGUGGCCAAGGAAAAGUAUUUGUCCACUUUCAGGCGAAAAGCAUAAUGAAGAUUGAUCCUAUACUUGUGGGUAGCACCCAAACUUCAACAUCCUUGUAAAACUACUAUUUUACAAUAGGUGAGUGAAUGAAAGAAAUUAAUUGUCUUCUCUACCCUUGGUCGAAUGCAGUUUAUUUCUCCAUGGAUACCCAAGCUUCAAUUGUAAAUUACAAACCGUGUUAUCCCUUGUUUCUACUUGCCACCUAGUUAGACAAUCCUUGAUUUAUUAAAUUUUAUUGUCUAAGAACUAGCAAAAACUUGUAAGUUUUUAUUAUUUAUUGAAAGUUUUCCUUUUUGCAGCUGUCUGGGUAUCUCUCAGUAGUGCCAAGUUUUACCAACUUGUAAGUCCUUUUGUUGAGGAAGGUGGAUGGGUUGUUCUGUCAUUUGGCUUGGUUUAACCAGUGUGGCCUUUUACACAGUUUAACCAGUUGGACUUUUGUCCGAAUACAGAACCGGGAAAAGGAAGACUUUUACACAAGUUUGAUUCAUUACAAUGAAAGGUGGUCAGCUUAUAGUUGCAUAAAAUGAACUAAAAAUACAGCUUUAAAAGUUUUUUCUGGUAUAUGUUAGGAAAAAAAAUGAUAUGCCCUUUUAAGACAGUUUUUGAAGGGGAACAUGUUAUUUUGUACCUUUUACAUUCCUUAUUUUCCAGUCCAGCGCAUCAUUGAGUUUGAUUGGCUCCAUAUCAUACCAGAACCUACAAGGUGGAAGGAUUUAGUUGUAUCAUAUUAGCUAGAUUGAAGCUCGUGCUACCUCAGCUUCCAGUUGUUGGAGCAUAAAAACAAAUUCUCUUAAAUCGAACUGUUCCCUCACAAAAAAAUGGACUUUUACUUUGCCUCAUUUAAUGUGCAUUAGGAUCGUUAUCUAGAAAAGCAUAUCUAACGAGUACAAAUAAGAGCUCUCUUGUCAGUGGCCCAGAGUUUUCGAACCAUUCCAAUUGCACAUAUACCGGAUCUCUCGCUCCUCCCAGACUGUUCUAUACAUGAAGAGGGAAAAUACUCAUCGAUAGUUCUAUUUUUUAAAGCAGUCAGGUUUCAUUGUACUCGCGAAGUAAUAUAUCAUACUUGUCAAGGUGCAGAUUCUGGUAUCCUUGUUUUCUCUAGUCCUUCAUAGAUAAUUUUCCCCCAACGGAGUCUGUGAAGACUUGGAAGAAAAUGUAGCUGCCCAUGGUUGUUGGAACAAUUUGUGUUCAGCAGUAUGUGUCGCACCAUGCCAAACAUCAAAGCCCCUAGGAAAUUGCUUGAAUGAGUGCACACAUCAUGAAAUAUUGGUUGGGAAUGCGUGAUGAUGUCUCCAAUCGAAUUCAGGUCUUGCAUUCCAGACAUUCAGCACCAAUCGCAAGUGAAAAAAAUUGUUUUAUAGAAAGUAAAAUUUAUGGUUGAUUUAGUGAGAUGACCUCUUUUUAAUCAAGUAGCAUGCAUUUAUAUGAAUCAAGCAUCAUGCAGCUCAGCUGAUAAUAAUUUUUUCAAAUCAUGUUGAGUAUUUUGAACUUGCUUCAGUGGACUAACUUAUCAAAGAGGAUAUCUUCUCAUACAGUGUCCAGAGGGACUCCUGGAGUGUUGCAUGUUUGAAUAGUUUGUACCCUUUUUGAAUAAUUUGCAUGUCUUCUCAUGCAUUUCUGCCAUGGAUUUUGUCUAUCACGAUGAAUACUAGUGGUUUUAUGUCUGAGAGUAGCAUUGAUCCUGGGUAGGUGUAAUCUACCAUCCUUUGAAGUAUAUGCUUCAUUCCCAUGUUACAAAUUUUAAUUGAAUUUCAGGGCUAUCGCCUACAUCCCCCUGACAAUCCUAGCUGUUCCUGCUUCGAUUCUCACAGUAAGAUUCCUUUUUUCCUUUUAUGGGGGAGUUGAGUUACUUUUUCCUGAGCCACAAUUCAUUUGCAGCUUUCUUUUGAUGAUGAUCUCUCACCCAGGUUAUUUAUAUUUUAUACUCAUAACUUGUUUUCUCUCUGAUGUACCUUUAAAGUGUAUUCUGUGUAAAAUCAAUACUAAGUGUAUUCUUCUUUAUUCUUUGAAUUUUCUAUUAUAUCAUUAUGCUACCUUUUAGAGCUAAAUGCAGCAUGUAUGAAAGGGUAUUGAUUCAUAAUUGGCUUUGAUAGUUGUAGAUACAAAGUUUUUUUUCUUCUAUUUCUUUCCUAACUAUGGAAUAUGAAGAUUUACUUGCAGUACUCCCAUAAACAGGGGAUAUCAUUCUUUGCAUACGGGACAUAUAUAUAUAUACAUAUAUACGUAUACAUUCAAUAAUGCCAUGUCAACAAUUCCUUAUGGAAAUAUCAGUAGGCUAUUGCAUGGAGCUAGGACCAGUGUUUGACCAGUUAAUCUUCAAAAGAUAUUUUAUGGUUUUUGGGUGAAACAAAUUAUUCAUAUUAGCGUUUUGUCAAUUAAGAGUACCCUGAUGCAGAUCGAAAUCAUGAUAUUUUUGUGAUGCUCAAACUGUUUCCAUUUCAUUUAGUUACACUGUCUAUCCAUACAUUGAGGCAUUUCCUUUGCAGAUUCAUUCUUCCUUUUUUCCCCAUUUUCUGUUUGGUAUAUAGCGGAUUAUGUGAUAUCUGGAAUUUGACAUUUUAGCUUGGAGGUGGCUAUCUCUUUGGAUUGCCUAUGGGUUUUGUUGCUGAUUCUCUUGGUGCCACAAUUGGAGCAACAGCAGCUUUCAUCCUCGGAAGAACAGUAAGUUUUAGAUCAUCACUUAAUCAUUGUGUUUCAUAGUUUCAGUGAAAUGUGGGAUUAUGUUGCAAAAGAUUGAACAUGCAGGGAAUGUUGUGUGCCAAUCUAUGAAACAACAGAAUGAUUCUUUCCUGACUUUCAUUACUGUGUGAUUUGAGGGCUGUAAGACGUCCUUUGGGAUUUACGUCAGAUUGUGUCCUAUCUAUGAAUGAUAGCACAAUGUUCACUACUGCUUUGUUAGAAAAAUUCAUUAAGCCUAAAUAACCUUGAAAAAUGUUAUUUAUGUAAUAGACCGGAACCUGCAUCAUGAUUUCUGUCAAAUAUACUCAGUUUGAGCCUGCCACAAUCCAGCUUGUGCAAACUACAUGGUAUCUGCCUACCAUAUCAACUGUUUCAAUAUAGAUGUCUCAUUUUCAGACCUUAAAACCGAUUAUACUUUUUCUUUGGCUACUUUUAUUUUAAGAUCAUAUCUUCGUCCAAGCAUAGUUACUUUGCCUUUUCUGAAUGGCCUUUUUAGCUUUUUCCCGGGAUAUUUAUUUUUAAAUUUUCUUAUUUUAUCUCGCAUUCUAUCCUCUGCCUAUGUUAAUUGCACAAAAAAAUUAUUCUGCAUAUUUUUCUUUUAAAAAAUUUAACCUAGAAUGAAGACAUCUCAGUUAUGUGGCAUUGUCUCUAACUAUGACAUAUUCAUCUGUUAUUUUUUAUUUAGAUUGGGAAGUCGUAUGUUCUUUCCAAGCUGAAGGAUUAUCCAAAGUUCCAGGCAGUUGCUAUUGCAAUUCAGAGAUCUGGUUUCAAGGUUGUAUUCCUUAUAAUCAUGCUCUUGGCAUUAAGUGAUCAUUUUCGGUGAUAUUCUGUACAUGUGACAAUAUUUGCUGUACUCAAGACUCAAAAAGGAUAAUUUGUAACUUUUCAAACUAUACCGAUUUAAAUUACAUUCUGCAUUCUUUAUUACUCCCAAAGUUUUUUUUUGUUCUGUUAUAUAUGCAUUCAUUCUUCUACUUAAUCUAGUUAAGGUAACACACAAUGGUGCUCAUAUAUCAAAAGAUCUUUGAAGGUUAUGUACAUUGACUUAUCCUUCAUUUAGGCUAGCGAAAAUGAUAUUCAAACCUCAAUAUUGUGGUGUCAAUGGUUUUGGCCGGGUCUGACCAACCUGAGUAUGGACCAAGGCUGAAAUUCGAAAUUUUCUGAAAUGUUUACUCGACCAAUGGAAUCAUACAACUAAAUAGUUUCUCCGGGAAAUCUAAAUACUCCUGGGUUUAUAGCAAGUGUUAUGUAAGUUAGUGACUGCUGAAAUCGAACUGGCUAGUCUAGUUUUCAAGUAUAGAUAUGUGUAUACCCUUGACAUUGUUUUUCUCCGGAAUAUUUAUUGUGCUAAAUUGAGUCUGCUUGAUCCUAACUGAUGCAAUGGUUUUGUGAGUUUUCUCACUCUGCAGAUAGUUUUGCUUCUUCGUCUUGUUCCACUGCUACCAUUCAACAUGCUGAAUUACCUCCUCUCUGUGACCCCUAUUGGGAUUGGAGAAUACAUGAUGGCAUCUUGGUUGGGAAUGAUGGUAAGAAUUUCGACAUAUCAUGCAAUUUUUUGUGUACCUGUCGCUUUCUGCUUUCUCUCAAUAUUUCUUACUUCAGGAAGUUGACAGGAUGCCUCACUUUAUGACCUUACUUCCUCUUGGACCAAAAUUAUUAUGAAAAGACUGGCCGACAUAUUUCAUUCAGAAAGUGAGGAUAAAUGUUUCUGAGAAAGCAGCUGCUGGUGUUUAUUCUGCACUCGCUGCUGCAGCUUAUUCGAAAGAUUGUCAUCCUUGGGCGUAAUUGAGUACCGAUUCAUGAAGGCACAGUUUUGUGAAAAAGAUAGUUGAUUACAGCUUGGAAUCUUUUUCACGUUUGUUUUUCGGAAUUCUUUUGCACAUUGAUGGCUCGCUUCGUGUGUAAUGUUUAUUUUUGCAACUUUUGCCUCCCAUUUGUUCAUGAGGUUCAUUGUUUGGGUAACCAAUUUCGUUUGUUACGAUAGGUUUUUGCACAUUGAAGGCCUUUACGAGUUAUGUUUCAUCUUAAGUUCCUUUUUCUAUUAAAAAUGCUGAUGUAACUGAUUCUCUUCUGUUGCAGCCAAUCACACUUGCUUUGGUGUACAUUGGAACAACUUUAAAGGAUCUUUCUGAUGUGACGCAUGGAUGGAGUGAAUUUUCAACCACUCGUUGGGUGAUCUCCCUUCGCCAACUCUAGUUAGAUGCUGCACUGGAUUUUUAUCAAUCUCGUCUGAUUUGCUAUGAAUAAAUUCUCCUUGUAUUUCAUAUCUCUGCUUCAAAAUUUUGUGACGUGUUUUUUUGCUGUUUUUGCCUUCCCUGGGGUUAAAUGCAGCAUGUCUAUUGAUGCUUUCCCUUUGAGUCAGCAUCCCAUCUUGGAUGCUCAGAUCAAUCAUAGCUUGGGAGCACAACCACAUAUAGGUUUUCUCAUAGUCAUUUUCUGGGAGGUUGAGAAUCAAGAGAGACGAGAAGUGCAUGAAUAGAUUCAUGAGAGUGGCGCUUACAAAAUGGAAACUAUUAGAAAGAGCACUUGACCCACAAAAUUAUUGUAAGACUCAUCUGAAGAAGAAAGCAAGGAAAAUAGUCCGACAACCAAUGGUUGGCCAAUGCAGUUUGUGAAUGCUCGCAUACUAUAUGAAUUUGCACAUUUAAGAAUGAGGUCAUGCUUGUUAAGACGACAGUAUUUUGUAGAAAUCCUCGUUUGUCUGACUAUUCUUAAACGAUUAAACUAAGACCCAAGCUUUUCUCUGAAUUAUGACUGUGUGAGAAAGUUAUAAAGGUAGUUUAGUGACCAUCUAUGGAUCCUCCUUGGACGGAUGCACGAAUUAUAGAAGUGUAACCAAAGUUUUGGAGAUUUUCUUCUGUGGAAAAUUUUAGUCGUGAUAAUUUAAGUUGAAGAGAGAAUGAUCCUCAGAAGCAAUUUUGGUUAAUUCCAAGAGGAGAAUAUGGAAACAGAUUCUUCGUUCUAUAGGAUGACUAGGAUAGAGUGCAGUAUGAAAGAAAAGUAGUUUGUACAUCACUUUAGCCUGUCUCCUUUAUAUUAGAAAUACUCAAUAUAAUUUAUUUAUACAUGUCGGCUGAAAUUUCCAGGUAACAUUAUCUGAUGGUUCAUCAGUGUUUUGGGUUCUCUAUGAUUAGGAUAGUGUGUUGUGUUGUUGCGAAGCGUUUUUCUCAAGCCCAAGAAUGGUCUAUUUUCAAAUCUCAAUGCGGUGGAGAAGCUUUCUUUGUAAAAGUAUUGUGCCGUGGCAAAUCGAUUGCAAUUAAGAUCAUUUAUACUCCCAUAUUUGAAGAACCGGCAAAAGUAAAGUAAGUAAAUAAAUAAAUAAUAAUGCAGAAUUAGUUCUGUGCACUUGUGUAUAGUCCCCUUGUGAGAGUUCAGGAGAUAAUGAUCUGGAUCAUCUGAUAUAUGUCAAGCGUAAGCACGAAUGAGAGCUAGUUUUGCCACAAUGAGAAUCUUAACUCGAACAUAACAGCAGAUAUUGCCAAUUUGUCGGGGGUAGUUUCAUCAUUUCAAAUCCAGUUCCACCUUUUUUCCAUCAAUCAAGUUGAAUACUUUAUGGUGUGAUAAUUGUAUCUGGUUAGGAUAGUCUCGAUGAUCUUUCCCGAAAAAACAUCUCUUCUGUUCUUGCGUUCUAGAUUAAUGAACGGGCAUCAUCACAGUGACUGCAGAACAUCUCGAGCUGACAUUCUGACUUAAAAUGCUGAUGGAAUCCAUUUUUCGGUUCAAAACUUCCAGAAGACAGGUUUAUUCCUCCGUUGAACUGUGUGAAUGCUCUUGCAAGUUUCACAUUAAUGGCACGCCCAUCAUCUCCAUUAAGAAGCUUAUUUCCCCUCAUUUUACUGAAUGUUUCCCCCUUCUUUAUGGGCUUUGCGUUGUAGCUUUUGGGUACUGAUGUCAUAAUACUUUUCAACGAAAUAAGGGACCACCAUUUUAAAACAACUGCUUGCUUGUUGAGAUUUGUUUUAGUGCAUUUGCAUUGGGAUGUCUGCAUUAUGCUUACAUUUCUUCCUUGUGCGUGCAGAUAAUUAUUAUAGCUGGACUUGUUGUAUCUGGUGAGUAAACCCCCCCCCCGCUCCCCAUCCCCCUCCAAUAUCCAUAUGAUUUCAUUGAUCCCUCAUGUCUUAUAUCCUCGGGCCGAAUGCUCCUAGAACAUUUCUUCUCCCCAAAAUCACCAUUUAGUAUCCCAGAUUGUGCCAAAUAUGCGAUGGAAAUCUGAGUUCGCCAUUAAUGCCCGCCUGCCCUUCACACUUGCAGCCGUCUUGAUGGUCUGCGUGACCAAGGUCGCCAAGGCUGCCCUGGAGAAAGCGCUGGCCGAGAACGGGGCCAACGACGGCCCCCACCUGCCGAUCGUCUCCGACACACCCGCCGACCUGGUCCAGCCGCUCGUGAUCAAGAUCGAUCCGUCCGUAGACACCCAUGAAAAGUAA